GAGUUUCCACUGAACAGGCUCAGGUGAUGACAGUUUCCACGCAGGAUGAACGAUCAGCAGUCGGAGUUUCCACUGAACAGGCUCAGGUGAUGACAGUUUCCACGCAGGAUGAACGAUCAGCAGUCGGAGUUUCCACUGAACAGGCUCAGGUGAUGACAGUUUCCACGCAGGAUGAACGAUCAGCAGUCGGAGUUUCCACUGAACAGGCUCAGGUGAUGACAGUUUCCACGCAGGAUGAACGAUCAGCAGUCGGAGUUUCCACUGAACAGGCUCAGGUGAUGACAGUUUCCACGCAGGAUGAACGAUCAGCAGUCGGAGUUUCCACUGAACAGGCUCAGGUGAUGACAGUUUCCACGCAGGAUGAACGAUCAGCAGUCGGAGUUUCCCCUGAACAGACUCAGGUGAUGACAGUUUCCACGCAGGAUGAACGAUCAGCAGUCGGAGUUUCCACUGAACAGGCUCAGGUGAUGACAGUUUCCACGCAGGAUGAACGAUCAGCAGUCGGAGUUUCCCCUGAACAGGCUCAGGUGAUGACAGUUUCCACGCAGGAUGAACGAUCAGCAGGUGAGAGGUAUUGGCAGGCUCGUCCGUCCCACAGAGACACGUCCGCUUUUAUAGAAUCCUCCCCUUUUUAACAAACCCUGCUGGAGACUGCACCCUCCCCACCUCUGUUACUCCCACCAUCUCCUACACCUCUUCCCAAUACUAUGAUCCCCUCGGACACUACACCCGUCCCCAUCUCUGUGACCCACCUCACCCUCUUCACAUUGCUGUGAUACUCCUCUGCUCCCUACACCUUCGCUG